GUUUAUUUUGAAACCGGAUAAGUUUAAAUCUAUUUUGCUUCUAAAUUAAUGACCUGUACUGGUUCCUCCCACUCUGAUAUGAUCAGAAAACUUUUUGGUGUUAAAUUUCAAUUUGGAUAUGGUAUCUGUUAUAGCAAGUCCAAUUUUAUACAUUUUUUUUUGUAUGAAAAUAAUAGAUAGAUUCCUCCGAUUCUACUAGGUGGUACAUUGUGGGAAAAAAAUACUAGGUAAAUUUAAGAAGUCAAAAUUCUAUUCAUUGAGAAAAGAAAGCAACAGGUUAUGCUAUCUUGAAAUUUUUAUUUUAAAUCCUUUCCAUUGAAAAGUAAUCUGGUGUAAAGACAUGACUAUAAUAAAAAACUGUAAUUAAAUUUUAUAGCACAGUUACUAUGAUAUAUCUGUAAUAAUCUAAGUAACAAAUCUUUACAGGGUCUAAACAGGACAAAAUUGUGUAUCACUUGGGUUAUAUGACAUUGUCUGCCUAUCUGUUCAAAAUGCUAUUCUUCUAGUGCACCAUUAUUGUCGCAAAAGUCAUCAAAAGACCAUUGUUUAGCAUUAAAAUUCCGUUGGAUCAUAUUCAAUUAGAUUGAAUAUCUGUUGUAUGAACUAUGUAGAUAAAUCUAAAUGAUGGGGUUAAAUUUGUAACAAUGCUGGCUACAUAUUUGCCAUUUUAGGAACAAGUUAAAACCCAUAAUUACUGCCUUCCAUAAUGCAUAGUUACUCUGUGGGGAUAUUUUUCCUCUAAAAUUUGCAUUAAAUCUAGAUAUACUUUAUAUAUGGACAAUGCCAGUGGACUAUUAAUGGAAAGUACAGAUCGUUUACAGUCAGGUAGCAUGGCCAGUAACGGCGACUCAAUGGCACCAGAUGAGAUGUACCUCAUGCUGCAAGCAGAUAUGGUCAGUAUAAAGCAGCAAGAACAACUACUACAAACUGAGAUAGAAGAGAUCGCUUCCAAAUUCCAUAACCUACUAGAAACUUGUGGUAUUGACUCUGAUACUGGUUCUGGAACAAUGGCUCCACCAUCCACUCCUUCGUUUUUGAAGACUACUUCUGGGUCUCUCACUCACGUCACAAACCUAGAGACUCCUACAUUCCUGAAACAGACACCUGGGAAGACAACUUACACACUGUCAGACAGCAGCGAUGAUGACGAAACCCGCUCCAUGUUUCCAGACUGCAUGAUAGACGCGGUUGUCAACAAAACUGACGGUCUACCUCUUGACAUCUCCACACUCUCAAACAAGACCCUAGUUGUGGACAGGAACUCUAACUACAUCGACUCGCCUCACAAUGAAUCAAACGAGAACACACCUGUGAUCGAGGCACUUCCAAGUCUAGAGAAAAUCUCGCCGUCAGACUCCACAACUUCGUCUUCAAGCAGUAGUUCUCACAAAAUGUCAUCUUCUGAUGGAUACCCAAAAUCAGAUGAAUCUACAGACAAUCAGAUAGUGCCUGAGUGUUAUGACCUUGAUAAGGAAUUUAUGUCUAGACUUCAGUAUUAUUCAGACUUUACUCUUGACCGCCAGAGAAAGAUUAACUCUAUGGUCGCUAGUUUUGGUUGUGCAACUGACACAGUUCCAUGCACAGCAACGGAAGACAUUCUGACGCGUCAUGUUGAAGGCAAGGAAUCCUCUCCAGAGAAACCAGUGUUUGUUAAGCCUGUUUUACCUCCUCCAUCAACUAGUUCUGGUUCUGAUUAUCUCUCUACACCUACUUCACGUCAUCAUCGUACACGCAAGGAGCGUACUCGUCGUCAUUCCAGAACAAGCAGGAAAAGUUCAUCACAACCACUUGCUUCGUCUACAAUGCUGGAAGACAGUUUCUCAUCAGGUAGUAGUCGUGGCAGUAACAGAGGAAGCUCACUCAUCCCAAAAGCUUCUUCAACCAUGAUCUGUGAUUCAGGGUCUUCAAGUGGCAGCAGCCGUAGGAACCGCACCAGUGGCUCUAACCCACGUGCCUGUUCAACAAUGCUCAACGAAUCUUUCCUAUCAUCCGGCUCAGGUGGAUCUAGUGGUAGCAAACAUCGUAGUUCAUCAAUCCCAAUGGCCAACUCCACAAUGAUCCAUGAUCAUCCAGAAAAGAUCCCUUACAGCACUGAACCAACAAUAUCUGUUAUCCAACACAACAGUGACACAAAUAUUCAUAGUGACAAUGACUGUGAAAGUGUUUAUACGUGGUCUAUUCAUGAUAGUGACAAUGGCUCAGACAGAGAUAUAAGUCUUGAGGAAUCUUACAUGCGUAAAGUAACUCAUAGUCAGAAGAAAACUUCCAAUAAACCACCUCUUCCACCAUGUAAGCGUGUUCGUAGUGGAAGUGUAAGUUCUCACGAUAGUGACUGUGAAAUAAAAUGCCAGGAUCAUCAAUUACAUAAACUUCUCGGUGAGCCUUGCUCAAAAACUAUUCUUGAAUCAGUUUCUGCCAUAGAACCCAGCGACACGUGCAGGGAAGGGAUUUUAUUUGUUGAAAGUUUAUGCGAUGAAACUGCAUGUGCUGUGCCUAAGUCAAACACCAUACCUCGUUCUAGCACUCGUGUGAAAUUACAGGACAAAUCUAGUGGUAGUUCAUCUAUGGAAGCGCGAAGGGCAUCAUUACCCGAUCUUACUAGUGUAUGCACUUCUAACAAUAAUGAUGAUGCAAGUGUUCAUGACUCUAGUUGUAGUAUUAGUGAGGAUGAUAUCACCGCGAUGUCUGAACGUCCUGAUGUGCAGGGCAAAUCAAGUUCGAGCAAUGACAAUGCUAACGCUGGUGGCGUAUCUCAGGGUAGUGCUAAUGUUGACUCAAUUCUUACAGACAGUCCAAACAGUAUAUGUAGUAGUGGUAUAAAUGCUCCAUACAAUUCACCGGGAACCAACGCCAGUAGUAGUUCACGUGUGAGUUGUUCUACAACUAGUGAUGCUCGUUCAUCAGACUCUAACAUAAACACUCGUGCUCCCCCAGUGACAUUUGUACCCAGGAAUAUCCCAGUGUCUGUUAACUCCCCAAAAGUUCAAAACAUUGAAGUCCCCACAGAAAAUGAUGGUGCAGUGUUUAAGGUUCCAAAACAAACUCAACCACUGAGGAACUUAUUCAGAUUCAGGCGCAAAAGCAAAACUCCCGAUAUGAAAACUUCUACACCGAAGGAAUCAGUCAGAAUGGCUUCAGGUCAGCUGCAGAGUAAACGCCAGUUGUUCCCAUCAAAUGGUACAGCUAACUUGCAGAGUGAAGCGAAGGUUAUGGACAAAAAAGCUGUGAUUCGUAAAUUUAAGAAAUUCAGUGAUAGUUUUAGACAGCGAGAUCGCUCAGGGAAACCACAGAUUCAGACUCUUGCCAACUUGUAAAGAUGUUGUAUAUAUUUUUGAUGAACAGUAUUAAUGCAUCUGACUGUGCAAUGUUAUAUAUGUUGUCAUUAAACGAACAUUUUUAUGCAAAUGUUUGACUCACAAUUCUUACUUAGAAAUGACUUGUUCAUUGUAGUGCUGUUUUAAUGUUCAUGGUUGUGAAAUAAUGGUUGUGUAAUUUUUGUUAAAGCUCUUAUUAAAGUACAGAUCAGUAUUAUUUCAAAAUUAGAGAUAAAAGUAACCAAUGUAUUAUGAUAAUUUUAAGCUUUCAGUUUUAUUAAAGACUGCUUUUUAAUCAAAGAAUCAUUCAGUUUUUAAUUAUUUUAAACAUUUUUUUCUACCAUUGAAAUUCAAUUCUUAAAAAGCUGAGAUGCUGACUUGUGUUCUUUAUUUGUUUUUUUGGUAGUUACAUAUAUGUGUAAUGAUACAUGUGUAAUUGUAUAAUAUGUACAAAAUGAUUACAUGACUAUUUAUUGUUACAGUGCUGCUGUAUGUUGUUAAAGAUCAAAGUAAAUAAUUAUAUAUAUAUGAAAUUGA